GGGCAGUCUUUUCCUUUUCGAUAUUCGUGACAACCACCAGUGAGGUGGUCACGCCUUCGCCUAGUUUUUCAUGAGGUAUUGCGGAGUUCGGUUCGUACGAAGCCUCUGCCAUGGAACGCGUUCUGCUACGAUACGCCAGACUGACGAUUCGGAGGAGAAGGAGUUCCUUCGGCAGUUGAUCGCCGAGAAGAAGGAGGAGCAGGCACGAAGAAAGGAGGUUGAAGAAAAGAGGAGGUUUGAUGAGAUGAUCAGGCAGGAGAUUGAAAGGAACUCGGAGGCGAUGGAAGCAAGGGUGAUGUCGAAAAUUGGGAGACAUUAUUUGGCAGCUAAGGAUGAAGCUAGGUGGGAGGAAACGCGUUGCCAUAUCGAUCGCACCCCACGGCCGUCGCAAAGGCAGAGAGUCGCGGAUGACUUUACUGACAAAGAUAUUGAGGAGAUCGAAAAUGAGAUUGCUAAAUUGUAUGAGCUUCGGGAGAAGAAAAGGAAAGUGAAACAUUCUUGUACUACACCGGUGAGGCGAUCUUUUAGGCAGCCGGAUUUCAACUGCCAAGGGUCGGUAGAUAACGAGAGGCCAGGUGGUGAGUCCUCUCGUAUGGGCGAGCUGAGAGGACGAAGUAAGGUUGCUGCGGGUAGUGGCCCUGAUGGUAUUCUCACUUAUAUUCUGGCGCAGAGAAGGCUCUUGACUCCGAAAACCAAGGAUCAGCUCAAGGCGAUUUGCGCGCAAGAGGGGGUGACCUACACGACGAAAGCGUCAACCAUCAAGCGAAUCGUGGAGGUCUUGAUAAAGAACUUCUCACCUACUCUCAACCAUAGGAGGAGGGUUUUGCCUACGAAGAAAUCGCGGCGUGGUGGGAGAAUUAGAAGGAAGGGACUGGAAGAAAGGCUACAACACAGGCUGGCGAACGUGUUGAAGAACGUAAAGAAGGGGAAAGCUAAAGUGCAGGAGCCCGAAGAUUCUGAUGAGUUGUACGCGUCCAAUGAUUCCGACAGAGGCGAGGUGGAGGCUCUGAGCAAUAAGACGGGGAAUCUGACGAUAAAAGAGAAGCGAAAACGAAGCGGUGAGAAGGAGACUGGCGAUAGCCCGCCUAUGGAGACUCCUAAGAAACGACACGGCAAGCAAGGGCGAAAGAUUCCAGCAACGAUUGGACCAAUUGGAAGACUCAAGUACGUGACCGAGAAUCUGCGUGACCUGGCUGACCUCACAGUGGACGAAUUGAAACAGAUCUGUAAGACUGAGGAUGUGCAAUGGGAAGGGAAGAAGAUGCAGACCAUCCUAGCUAUUGCCAAUAAAAGGACGCAAGUGGCAUACAGAUCGCAUGACGAAGAUGAUGCGGAGAACGUCGCUGAUGACACGAGCACCAAUGAAGUUGCCGAGACAGGAGGAGACGUGGAAGAGGAGGUGUGAUGGGACUGGGAGGUCAAGGAGUUAUGGGCAGUGUGCCGCUGCCUAAUUGAUUGGAGGAGGGAAAGGUAAGGGGACGCACAUACCGAUA